AUGUCAUUAAGGAGGUUUUUGCAUGAAGACGAUGGGUAUGGAGUACAUGGUCGUGUUCGUCAUCAUGCCCAAGCCCAGGUCCAUCAACAACAACAAGAACAAGAGUGGGAGGCUAUCCCAUUGGAAUGGCAGACAACCAAUGAUGAGAAGUUCCAACAACAACAUUACCAGCAACUUGAACACGCCAAUGAGAUGCUCCGCUGUCUCAAGAAGGAUCGCCAACUCAACAACAUCCUGCGUCCAGUAUCAAACAAGUAUCCCUUCGAGAAUGAUGAGUGGAUGGGAGACCGUGCUCUAGAGUACCACCUCGGCAAGAAGUUGCACAAGUUGAAAGACUCUUCCCCUGGUAGAUCAACGGAUAGAGUGAAGCGUGGAGUGUCGAAUGAGACAUUGGCGUUGUUCUACGACCUCAUUGGCCUGGAGAUCGUCAUCGAGGAGAAGCUCGCAUCGUUCCACUAUAAGAGAAGAGCCGACGCGUUCGAGGUGCUCAUCUUUGAGCUCGACAACAACAAGAACCAUCAAGUGGCCAAAGCACUGCUGAUGCUACUCAUCACGCUUCUCUACGUGUAUGCACUGGGCACCCAGUACAAGCAAGAUGACAAGGACCUCGAGUACCAGAUCAACGUGGCUUUGACCUACAUUCGCCAUCCAGACGUAGAGUCUGACGAUGAGUACCAAUGCGCUGAAUGA